UAGUGGAUCAGCCGGAAUACUUAUUGUGAUUGUAUCAUAUGCAAAUGCACAUGAAGUGGCUGCAAGCUUGUAAAUUGAAAUGCAUAUUCCUAAUUGACGCAAAUUGCAUUAUUUGUGAUUGUGUGACUUUUACAUAGAUUUAAACCGUAACGUUUAGCGCAAAUAUGGCGUACGUUGUCAAAUUAACGGUAAUCAGUUUACUUAUUGCCGUCGUGUGCAGCUCAGGACUUGUAAAUGUGCUGGAUAGAAAGAUAAACGCUAUAAAAGACGGCAUGGAGGCAGAAAUUGCAUUACUUCGCCAUGAUAUUGGAAACUUUUCCAGCCAGUUGGCACACCUCUUGCAUGGAACGGAUGGCUUUUCCAGUAAAAUUCAAAACGUCAGCCAAUGCGGAUAUGAAAAAGCCGAAAAAGGACCGACAAGCGAUCAAUUUGUCUUCAAUCAAGUUAUUAGAAAAGGGUUCGAGUCUGAGAAAAAGUCGAUGAAAAAUGACUUUGAAAUGAUACACAGAUAUGUCAAUUCUACAAUCAAUGAUGUUGAUAGGAUGGGCCAGAGUCUUACAUCGUACAAGGUCAAUCUAAUCGAAACGAAAUCACACGUUAAACGUAUUAAUGACAUAACAGUCGAUCAAAGUCGAGAGAUACUUGCAAUUAAAGAACAAAUGGAAAGUGUCAUGACAAGAAAAGGUUUUGAGUCUGAGAAAAAGUCGCUGGAAAAUGACGUGAAAAGGAUACACAGCUAUGUCAAUUCUACAAUGAAUGAUGUUGAUAGGAUUGACCGGAGUAUGGCAUCUUAUAAGGUAGAUAUCAGCGAAACGAAAUCACACGUUAAACGUAUUGAUGACAUAACAGUCGAUCAAAGUCGAGAGAUACUUGACAUGAAACAACAAAUGGAAAAUGUCAUGACUAGAAAAGGUUUUGAGUCUGAGAAAAAGUCGCUGAAAAACGACGUGGAAACGAUACACAGCUUUGUCAAUUCUACAUUGAAUGAUGUUCAUAGGACAACUCAACGUAUUAAUGACAUAACAGUCUAUCAAAGUCGAGAGAUACGUGCAAUUAAAGAACAAAUGGAAAGUGUCAUGACAAGAAAAGGUUUUGAGUCUGAGAAAAAAUCGAUGAAAAAUGACGUCGAAAGGAUACACGGCAAUGUCAAUUCUACAAUGAAUGAUGUUGAUAGGAUGAACCGGAGUAUGGCAUCUUACAUAGUAGAUAACAGCGAAUUGAAAUCACACGUUAAACGUAUUGAUGACAUAACAGUCAUUCAAAGUAGAGAGAUACUUGCAAUAAAACAACAAAUGGAAAGUGUCAUGACUAAAUUGGAUUCUCUGAAUGAAACAUUCAAACGCAGAUUAGAAGGAGUAGAGCGUCACAUAUCGGCUUUGUAUGGUUUCGAUGCGAUGAUAAACAAAUUAGAUACAGAUUUUAACCGGAGAUUAGAAGGAGUAAAGCGUGAGACAUCGGCUCUGCCUGAUUUCGAGGCGAUGAUAAAUAAAUUAGAGGCGGAUUUCAAUAAGCCUUCACGUUUUCAAGCGUUGAGCGCGUCGUCUAGUUCAGUUCGCUUGCAUGAUACGUCUAUCUAUGUUCUUGGAAAGAAGCGUACGGAUUAUCACUCGGCAUCUAAAGUCUGCUCUGAUGUCGGUGGGUACCUAGUAGAGAUUAACAGUGAGGAAGAGAAUGCGAUCAUUAUGGAGAUGUCAGAUAAAAGCUCUGUCAGUGGUUGUUACCUUGGUGGCAGUGACAGAGUUACCGAAGGAAACUGGAAAUGGGAACAUAGCGGAGAUUCUAUUCCGAUGCGCAAUCAGGGAAAAUUCCAGAAGUGGGCCGAAAAUCAACCAAAUACCGGUACUCAUGUUUCAGAUGAGCAUUGUUUGGUUAUGCACACGGACAGUGGAGAGUGGCAUGAUUACAACUGCCGCGGAGAAUGGGCGUAUGUUUGUGAGGUGGGCCUGGUUAACAUACUAGCUUACUGGUAGCCCUGGUUUAUCCAUUCCAAGGAAACUCGUAUCAUUACACGUGCAGUCUCAAGAGAUUGCAGAUAAUUUGGGUGAUCCAUAUUUCAUAUAGAAACAUUUUAUGGAACUUUGAAUCAGAAUAACCUAUGUUAUUUUAGUGAGGAAAUAAAACAUAUACUGAACAAACAUGCAUGUUUUGACGAAUGGAAAUGCAAUAUGAAAACUUAGACAAUUAUUAUGUUAAUGGAAUAUUUCCGACUUUGAGUUCAUAUUUUAUUUUUCAAUUGUCUAAAUGAAUGUCAACCACAGACAUACUUUUUGCAAUAUUUUCCAAUAAAUGUCAAAGCAGUA